CCCUCCGUCCUUCACUCUCUCCCUGCGCGAUGGAAUCCGUCGUUAAACAAGAACCCCUUGAACCUGUGGAAUUUACAGCCCAUGCCACUCCACCAUCGUCAAACCCCUCGAACGCCCUCCCUGUAAUCGAUCUCAGCACCAGCAGCAGCGAUAGCGAUUCCGACGACGAUGAUUUGGACGGUCCGGAUUCCGCAUACAAAAGAUCGAGCGUUUUGGACGGCGAGGAAGGCGGCCCGUACAAGAAGCAGAAAUUCGAUGAUUUGCCGCUCGGAUUCCUCGACCCGCUCCCCUCCGACGAGGACCUCCCGCUGCUUGAGGCGGAGCCGAUCUCACGGACCCCGCCAGCAGCCGCCCAGGCCUGCAAGCAGUUCUGGAAGGCAGGGGAUUACGAGGGGGAUCCUGUCAAGGAGAUCAAAUCCGUUUCCGCCGGAAUGGAUCAUGUUAGGGUCCACCCAAGGUUUCUACAUUCAAAUGCAACCAGCCACGAGUGGGCUCUUGGAGCUUUUGCUGAGCUUUUGGAUAACUCUUUGGACGAGGUAUGCAAUGGAGCUACAUAUGUUAACUUAGAUAUGUCAGGAAAUAAUAAGGAUGGGAGCAAAAUGCUGCUGAUUGAAGAUAAUGGUGGUGGAAUGGAUCCAGAUAAAAUGCGUCAAUGCAUCUCUCCUGGAUAUUCUGCAAAAAGCAAAUUAGCGAAUACUAUUGGACAAUAUGGAAAUGGUUUUAAGACAAGCACCAUGAGACUUGGAGCAGAUGUGAUUGUGUUCUCUCGUUGUCGAGGAAAAGAUGGCAAAAGACCUACACAGAGCACUGGAAUGCUAUCCUACACAUUUUUGAGGAGCACUCGGAAGGAAGAUAUUGUAGUUCCCAUGGUAAGAACAGUUUUAGGUAUUGUUGUUGCAUGCUUCUUUGAUGCUUCUGAAUUGUGUUCAGCAUUCUUUUCCUGCAGCCUUAUUGCUAUAUUUAUGUUGAAUGAAAGUGAACCGACUGGAUAAUCAUUUAGGGGUGGCUAUGGGCCAGCAGGUUUGGGUCAGGUGAAGGUCACCCAGAAUCU